CGGCAGCAGCUGCAGCUCGUUUGGCAGCCCCUUGGCCGCUCAUUGGCCGGCGGCGCGCGGCCACCUGGAUGGGAGCCCGCCUGAAAUAGGCGCCCGCCUCGCCCCCGCGCCCACCACCUGCACCGCCGCACCGCACCCGGCCGCUCCCUCCCCGCCCAGGCACCUGCCCCACGACUUCUCCCACGCCGCCUGCCCCGGGAACGAGGGCCCCCCCACUGCCCCAGAGGCCAGGACCAGCUCCAGCUCCCCCCCUCUUUGGACCUCGCUUGCACCCACCAUGAGCAACCUGCCCAAGGAAAAUGAGCACACCAACAACAGCCUCGAGGAAGAGGUACGGACACUCUUUGUCAGUGGCCUUCCUGUGGAUAUCAAGCCCAGAGAGCUCUACCUGCUUUUCCGGCCAUUCAAGGGUUAUGAAGGAUCGCUGAUCAAACUAACAUCCAAACAGCCGGUAGGCUUUGUUACCUUUGACAGCCGGGCUGGUGCUGAAGCCGCUAAGAACGCCUUGAAUGGCAUCCGCUUUGACCCGGAGAACCCCCAGACGUUGCGGUUAGAGUUUGCGAAAGCCAACACCAAGAUGGCCAAGAGCAAGCUGAUGGCCACACCGAAUCCCACCAACCUCCACCCUGCCCUGGGAGCGCACUUCAUUGCACGGGACCCCUAUGACCUGACCGGAGCAGCCCUGAUUCCAGCGUCUCCGGAGGCCUGGGCUCCCUACCCACUCUACACCACAGAGUUAACUCCUGCCAUCCCGCACGCUGCUUUCACGUACCCAGCUGCUGCGGCGGCUGCUGCCGCCCUUCACGCUCAGAUGCGCUGGUAUCCUCCUUCUGAAGCUACCCAACAAGGAUGGAAAUCUCGUCAGUUCUGUUAGUUUUUAAGCCGCCUCUCGGCCCACGUUCUCCCCCUCCCCGUGUCUCUCUGUGGAGUGAUGUGCCAGGGAUGAAGCAGACUGUGGAUCGCUGGAAGUCCUCCUCCACGAGAGAAAACCUUUUCCUGUGGCCACCGGACAAGGUGCCUAACUGCAGUAACCCACGCUUCUCGACAAUGAAGCUGUGGGCUUUCCCCGUCCAAGACUGUGAAUAGCAACAGCCCCCCCCCCCUUACUGUGGACUUGCAUGGUCUUGUGUUUUGCUUGCCUCCCAUUCUGCCUAAAUCCCGGCAAACUCCCGUUGCCACGGGGCAUGUGUGUUCUCCCUCCCCACACCUUUUUUUGCUACGCCAAGUCGGAGAGACCCGAUCUUAGCGAUAGCCAGGUUUUGUUUCCCAGCUGGGCUGCUGGCCUGCGUUGCGGCCUAGCUGUAUACAGUGCAAUAUCCAGGUCUUUCCAAUCCUAAGACGGUGUUUAUGCAGUUCCGCUGGAGGAAGCGAAGAGACAAAUUGGUUUUGCAUGUUUUUAUUUUCUUUUUGUUUUCUUUUUCUGGCAUGAAUUUACAACACUUUAACUCGGUGUGUGUGUGUACGUAUGUGUGUUGCGAAGCUUGUUUUUGUUCCAGCGUUUGUGUAACCAUAGCAACAGGCCUCGGCCUAGCUGUUGAACACUGAAGUUUUUAUUCAUCUUGCUUCCGUGAAGACUUGGCUUCUGACAAAACAAUGUCCUGGCUUUUGCCCUAGUUCCAUUUUCUGCUCCAGCUCGAAUUUUUGGGGAAAAGCAAGUUGUUGUUGUUGUUCCUUUAAAAUUCAAGUCUGCUGGAUUUCUCGUCCAGUUUUUCUCCUCCAGUUCAAGCCAGGGUUGUUUUUGUGUGUUGUGUUUCCUCCCCCCCCUCUGUCAGACUUCUAUAUAUAGAACAGCUGUAAAAUAUUUAACUUUUUUUUCCCUCCACAUCCCUCUGAUUGGAGAGGCUUCAGUCUUGCCAAAUAAUCCGCCAUCCUUAUGGGAAUACCGAACAAAAAAAAGAUGUACGAGUAUUUUUGUACCAUGUGUAAUAAGGAAAUAUUUAUGCCUCAUAAAAAAAGAUUUUGUGUGGUUUUUUGUGCAAUUAAUAAUUAAAGAGAAACUGUAAUCUGUAAGAUAAGUUAAAUGUUUAGUUUAAAAACAAAAAAGAAGCUUGAAGAGGAGAAAAUGAAGAAAACUUUGUGUAAUGGAUUCAGUCAGACAUAGUAACAAGAAAUUUGUGCAAUUUUUUGUUUUGACAUUUUAUUGCUUGGUAUUGAAAGUGCUUUAAGUAUUAUUAUAUUGGACCAUGGCUGUCUCGCUUGUAUUCAGAUCCUUGAGAAUAAGUUGCUAUAAUCCUAUGAAUGUGAAACUGGAUAAUAUAUGAAUUGUACUCUC